UGCUUGUGUUUUGUUCAAUUGGAUUAAUCAAGAAGAAAAUUGAGUUGGGAAACAAGAAAUUUAUGUUUUGUGGCUAUUUAAACGUAUAUUUUAAUAGUGUGUACAUGUUUUUGCAUUUUUAGUUUAACUAUUCGAAACUAAAAAUGCACUAGUGAAAAUAAAAUCUUAAAAUUCAAUAAUAUUUGUAAAAAAUUUCGUAUUAAAGAGUUAUUUGCCUUUAAGGGGUGAGGUUAAAUAUUCUUUCAAUAACGCGGGUUCAGCAAAGAAAUGAUAUUGGUAUAUAUGCCACAAAAGAAUAAUACAGAAUUAAUAGAAACAACGUAAGAAGCGACAUCAAUUUAUAAUAUAGGUUUCUCGUUGGUCAAUAAAAACCACCAAUGACACCAAUGCGGACUAACCAAUCAUUAGAAUGCAGAAACUUAAUAGUAAAGAUAAAACGACUACCUUUAAAUAAAUGGUCUAAAGUAGAUCCAUCAUCCAAUCAGCGAAAUAUAGCAUUGCAGGAACAAUGCACAAAUAAUUUGUUUAAAACGGAUUCCAGAAAACCCCUGCAAAUACCGAAAAUUAUUAAAAAAGGGAAUAACUUGAAACGUACUCAACCUGAAAGAACAAUUCAGUCAAUAUCAUCGAAUGUACCAAGAGGUUGUAAACCAUUCACAGUUAAACUGCAACGAAUUAACCAAAAAUCACUUCAAAAUAAAAACACUGCGAGAGUAGCUGGUCUAAUUCAAAAUACGAUCGAAAAAAAGAUGAGAACCAGAAGUUCUAUUAAGAAAGGUAUUAGUGCUAAUACCUCAAAUGGUUGCAAAGAGUCUGCGAAUUCACUAAACGUAAACAUGAAACAGAAUGGAUUAAUACUAUCAAAAAAACCAAUCUUCAAGGGGAAUGUUAAUAUAGAGAAUUUAGUUCUUACUCCAGAGCAUCGUAAAAGUUUAAAUAAGCUUAGUCUUUCUAAGAAUUCAGGUGAACGGAUUAAAAUAUAUCAGAAUUCUACGAAAAAUCUUGAUAUUUCCAAAUUUAGUCCCGUUAAAAACUCGACAAAAUUUGAAGUGGAUGAAUGUACUCACUCUGAUGGUGAACGUGAACCAGAUUUACCUCUUUCUAACUCCAAAGGAGAAAAGAUUCCUAGAAAUGUAAUUAAUAAUUCCGAUUUAAUAGAACAAUUAAUUCGUUCUAAUAAAGAUUAUGAAAUGGAACAUAUUCAACAUAAACACAAGAUGUCUGGCUCUAACUCCAAAGAUAAAGACAUUUUAAAAAGUGUACCCAACAAUCCUAAUGAAUUGAAGCAAUUAAUUUGUUCUAAUGAAGAAUCGGAAGUUGGAUAUAAACAACAUGAAAAUGGGAUGCGUACCUCUAACUCCAAAGGAGCAAAAAUUCCAAGAAAUUUAACCAAUAAACCUGAUGUAUUACAGCAAUUAAUUUGCUCUAAUGAAGAUUCCGAAGAGGAAUCCGUCACCAUUGGAUGCAAGCCAUCAAGAAAUAAUAAUGCAGCGAAUAAGUUCUUUCAAAGAUUACCUAAAAAAAAACUUCGCUCUAGAAAAAUAGUUACGGAGCCGGAUAAUAUAUUCGAAUUUUUGUCCCAAUCAAAUACUUCGGAGUCUGACUUCGCAAAGAAUCGAGAUCCUGCAGAGGAUAUAAUAAAAAAAUUAAUUUCUGAGGGAAAAGUAAGAGUGGCAACUAAUCAGAAAGGAACAGGAAGACCUAUUUUAAAACGAGAACGAUUAAAAACUGGAAGAAAAAAACAAGAAGCUAAUAAAAAUAAAGUGUCUAAGGAAAAAGGGAACCAAAAUAAUAACGCUGUUAAUAAAAGGCUGCCGAAAAUAGUAGAAAAACUUGAUAACUGUGUUGAUGGCACAUUAUUACAUCCACCUUCGAAUAUUAUGGUAGGAAAUGAAGAUCAGCAACAGAAUUUUCUCACAAACGACAAUAAAACAUCGGAUGAACAUAUACGUGAUGAAGGCUUUAGCCUCUUAGCACGCUCGGUGUUGUUGCAAGAAACAAGGAAAGCCGGAAACACUCACAAAACGAAUAUUUCUGAGCAACGUCGCCUGCUCGAAGUAGCCCGUAAAUUUGUUAGUACACCAGCCGCGAGUCGACAAACUAAUCCGUUGCCCACUGCCGACUUAUCGCCUAUUAAAUUUCUUAGUCCGCAAAAUCGUCCAAUGUGCCCUUCGCCUUGGAGAAUAAACGAUGAUUCGCAUCUACCAUCAGUAUUUAAUUUCACCAAAAAUAAAUCAUAUUUGCCAACAUUUUCCAGUGAUUACAUUCCUUCUUCCCCGAAUAAAAACAAAGCCAAUACAAACUCAAACGUAUGCAUUGACUCCAAUGUAGUAAGUCCUAAGUCUAUAUCAACGGGGCGAGAUAAUUGCUCCAACGUAUCAAGAAAUACAGCUAGCAGUGCUUCAAACGGUCAAUUACAAACUUCGCAAGAAUCUCAAAAUGAUUCGAAUGUAGAAAAUAUGCCACCGAGAGCUUUAACUGUACCUAAUACUGAUGAUAAUGCCGCCAUAUUUAACUUACGGCAGCUGCCUAACCCACGACGUGCACUUGGAAAGCGAAGUCCACUAAAAGUCAUCAAUAUAAUAGAAGUUGUAAGCCUGCCACCUUGGAAAAAAACUGCAAAUGAUGAAGUAGACAAAACCGUAGAUACAUCGGUUGUUGGAGAUAUAACAAAAAAUGAUAAGUCGAAUGAUGAGGACUUAUUCGGGUUUGAAGAAUUUUUAGACCACAACUCUGACGAGGAUGUAGAAAUAAAUAAAACAAAUGUAAAACUUCCGAAUAGACAGUCAAUUAAGCUCAAUUUACACAGAAAACUCAAGGAUAUACAAAAUUGGCGCCCCAAAAACACUACGCAAGGUAAUACUUGUGUUUCACAAAAAGCCUGUGAGGUUUUUGAAAAUAAUGGCCCGAAACAACGACUAAUUAAUGAAAUGAUCUGCUCUACAAUGAUUAACAUGAAAAAUGAUAAACUAAAUGCGCAAAACCAUUUUGAAAAUUGUGAUGAGGUUUCGCUGAGUGACACUGCGGAGUGUAACGGGCAACCACCCGAAACUGAUUUUUUUAAUGACUAUGAACCAGAAACAACGUUCGACAAAAAGAAGACACUGCGAACGUAUGUUCGCCCUGCCAAGAGAAAACGCAAAGCUCGUAAACAUUUUGUUAUGUUUCAUGACAGAGAAGAAUCUACUUCAGAUACCGAAGAAGAACAACUGGAGCAAAGGAAAGAUGGCAAAAAGAAGAGACGGCAUGAAGCCAAUGAUAAUGCUAUGGCGAAUUCUGAAAUAGAAGCGUUUGCGAAUGAAUUCAACAGCAUGUGCAAAGAUGUGGAAAACUAUGAACUGAUAGUGGAGUAGCGUUUCCAUUUGUGUAUAGAUCUACUUGCAAUUAUUUUUAAAUGAUAUUACAUUAGUUCUUAUUGAAUCAUUUUAUUGAGGGUUUCCUUUCAAAGGUACAUUACGAUAUCUCUCUUUAUUUAAAAUUAUUUCUUACAUUUUGGUUUUUAGAGUUAUACAAAGCGGCGUUCAGUUACAUAUGCAUAAUUUAUAUUUUUAUUUUUUUUUUUAUUUUAUGUAAAGAAACAAUAAAAUCAUAUAUACAAUUACA